AUGGAAGAUUAAUUAGAUUCAAAUAAUUCCAAUAUCUUUUCCAAGCAAUCAUAAAAUAACUUUCCUUAAGAUUAAUUUGAGUUGAAUGGUUUCUUAUAACCUAAUAUUGAAAUUUAAAAUGAAGAUGAAAGUGAUGAAAGUUAUAUAGAAGUAUUAGAUUAAGGUAUUCAGAUACGCUGUAGUCUGAAUGAGCCAUAUCCAGAUGAAAGAGUUUAUGCAAGAAUAUAAGAAAAAGUUGAGAUAUUCAAAAAUUAAAUUAUUAAUGCUAAUUGGUUCUUUGGUUAAGAAUGCAGAGUUAUUGAGUACAACCAUGAAGUGCAUUUACUAGACUUAAAUGCCUCAACUCUCCACAGAUAAAAUAAUUUAAUAUUUUUAGCAUUCGAAAAUAGUAUAAGUUUCCUUUAAUAAAUUGUAAAAAAGGAAUAAUAUGUAUUAAAAGACGUUUAUAAGACGUAAAGUAGUGUUUGA